CUGGAUCCGAGAUUACAGAGAACCCCGUCCCGUGUUUAAACCCUCCGACGACAAGCUCAGAUAGAGAACCUCUCCACCCUUUUCGUUCGCUGCAGCCAUGUACGGCGGAGAUGAAGUGUCAGCUAUUGUGGUUGACUUGGGUUCGCACACUUGCAAGGCUGGUUACGCCGGUGAAGAUGCUCCCAAGGCCGUUUUCCCUUCCGUUGUUGGGGCAGUAGAUGGUAUAGAGGCUAUGGAUGUGGAUGCUGAUUCUACAAAGACUAAUUCGAAUUCUGAGGAUUCGAAGACUGAGUCUGAAAAAGAAAAGGGCAAACGCAAGCUCUAUGUAGGAUCUCAAGCCAUGAGUUACCGCCGAGAUCAUAUGGAGGUUUUGUCACCUAUAAAGGACGGCAUAGUUUCUGACUGGGAUUUGGUGGACAAUAUAUGGGAACAUGCUUUCAAGAGUUGUCUGAUGAUUGAUCCUACGGAGCACCCAAUGCUGCUAGCUGAGCCUCCUUUGAACACUCAACAGCAGAGAGAGAAGGCGGCAGAGCUAAUGUUUGAAAAAUACAAAGUUCCUGCAUUGUUUAUGGCUAAGAAUCCUGUUCUCACGUCUUUUGCUACUGGGCGCGCUACUUCUUUGGUUGUUGACUGCGGUGGAGGAUCCACAACUAUUUCACCUGUGCAUGAUGGUUAUGUUCUUCAAAAGGCUGUUGUAUCAUCUCCACUUGGAGGGGAAUUUCUCACUGACUGCCUACUGAAAAGCUUGGAGAGUAAAGGAAUAAAAAUAAGACCUAGAUACUCUUUCAAGAGAAAGGAAAUACGAGCAGGGGAAUUCCAGGUUGAAGAUGUGGAUAUUCCUAACACCACGGAAAGCUACAAACUCUUCUGCCAGAGGAUGAUAGUGGGUGAUAUCAAGGAUUCUAUUUGUCGAGUUCCUGAUACUCCCUAUGAUGAUAAAUCAUAUUCAAACAUCCCAACUACGUCGUACGAGCUUCCUGAUGGCCAGAUGCUCGAGAUUGGUGCUGAUAGGUUCAAAGUUCCUGAUGUGAUGUUCAACCCGUCCAUAGUCCAGACGAUUCCUGGAAUGGAGAAGUAUGCUGAUAUGAUUCCUUCCGUUCGUGGGUUACCACACAUGGUCAUGGAGAGCAUCAACAAAUGUGAUGUAGACAUCCGGAGAGAGUUGUAUAGUAGCAUACUGCUUGCUGGUGGAACAUCGUCAAUGCAACAAUUGAAAGAACGUCUCGAAAAGGACUUGAUCGAAGAGUCUCCUCACUCGGCUAGAGUUAAAGUGUUGGCAAGCGGUAACACAACAGAAAGAAGAUUCAGUGUAUGGAUAGGAGGGAGUAUAUUGGCAUCACUAGGCUCGUUUCAACAGAUGUGGUUCUCCAAGUCUGAGUAUGAGGAACAUGGAGCUUCCUACAUUCAGCGAAAAUGCCCUUAAUGCAGGCAGCUUCAGAUUAUGUGGAGCCUGAGAAGACGAAACUUGGAAACUAAUGUUUUAUUUUCAUUGUGCAUCGAUGUUCUUUGAAUGUUAUUAAUAUUCGCCUGAACAACCUUUGGA